GGUGCCGAAAUAUUGAUGGUGGUGGUGGUUCUUAUGUUGUAGUGAUCGUGGUGGUGGUGAGUCAAAUUGGAAGCAAAAGAAAAACACCUGGCGGCUAUGCGCGCGCUGAUUGGCUACAAAUGCUGGAGCAAAGAGCGCCACGGAGAGCGCGCAACAAUUUUCUUAUUGCCAACUCACUAGCGGCGCACAGAGCGCAUUGUGUAUAAAUAGCGCUAGACGAUUGAGACCAAUAGCAUUAACAAGCAAGCGCACAAGUCGAGCAGACAUCAAAAAACAGAGUUUUUAUUGAAAAAAAUAUACACAAAUAGUGAAAAUGCCUUUUCUAACGCGUGAAUACAAUUUCCACGAGUCGGAGCUAGCAGCCGCUAAAGAUCAGCGCACAAUGGCCAUGCGCAGCGUCAAGAAGUUAUUGCGCCCGCUCAUGCGCAUAAUCAAGAAGAAGCAGUUGUUGCAAAAAACACUCGCCGAAGUGAAGCAACAAAAUGAUUACAAUUCAUCGCUGGAGGAUAUGCGCAAAGAUCCCGCCGCGCUUAACGCCUACGAUGACAAUUUGGCUAAUGAGGCAUUGGAGCAGCGCCUACAUGAACAAUUGGAGCGCAGCGCGCCCAAAGCAGCCAUUAUUGUGCGUCAGGGCAACAGUCAACAAGUUGUGCCCGUGCAGCAGCAACACUACAUACCGGUGCAUUUUGCGCGCACCGCCAACGGUACAUUCUUUUGGACCACCAACGACAUGCCGCGUCAACAGGAGUUACAAUUGCGUCAACAGCUCGAUCGCUGGGGACAAGCAUAAGCGCCUGGUAGCAGUGGGGUACACGGUAGCAGCUUUAAGUGCAACGGCCACUUUGCGGCAUAAGCGAAGCGGCACAUUUGCGCGUGAACCGCCGCGCGCAUGCGCGGUUUUGGCUUCCUAUUUUCAAGCGUUUUCACGCGGAGUUUAGCGUGACAAUUCAAUAAUUGCGGUGAUAUUAGCUUUUAGUCGCAUGGCUACAGUUUUAUGAUUUUAUUUUAUUUUUUUGCGUAAAAUAAUUGAUAUUCAAUUGUGUGCAACUAUUUUGUAGCAACAGUGGCAAAUUUAUAAUUUUGUCUUAUUGUGAUUUUAGCGUGUUUAAAUGUGUUAGUAAUUUGUAAUAUUGUAACAAUUUAGGUUAAUAGCUUUAAAAUUCAUAUGUCUUCCUAAAUUUAGCUGAUUUUACAUAAGUAAGUGGUUUGCAUUAGUCUAAGUGAUAAGCGUUCUACAUUCAUUGUCUUCCAUGUAAAACUUUGUAGAAAAAAUAAAAUUAGUUUUAAGCGAAAAAUAUUGUAAACAAAAAUUUAAUAAAAUAAAAUAUUAUACUAAAGAACGAAAAAAAAAUGUUUCUACUAUUUUAU